GCGUUUCCGCUCCACGCAGGGUCCGUAUGGGCCCCGCCCCUCAGCCCUCCGCAAGCCAAUCGUGGCUCGGGGGCGGGCCCGGCUGCUAUAUAAAGGAGCUCAGCAAGCUUCUCAACCUUUCCGAGGAUCAUCGCAGAGUCUGCGAAGCCGCCCCAGGAACCGAAGCCCUCCUAUCCCCGCCUUUUCCAUUCCCGUUUGUAACCAAUAAAGGCCGUUCAUACCGUUAUAGGUGUGUGUGUUUGUGCGCGCCCGCGUGCUCUUUGCCGAGGCUGCAGAGUUAGCCUACACGCGUUAUUCCGCAAAGCGGAUUUUGCAGAUCGUCUCUUGAAUCUCAGGCUUCGUGGAAGGGCUGGCAACAUUUCCAAGAAGGUUCUCUGGCUGAUCUUGCCGCCACCUGCGAAUGGCCGCGCUGCGCCGAAUCCUCCACUGGGCGACCCUGGCUGCUGGGACGCGCCGCAAUUUGGCGGGUAGGACUAGAGUCAGGAAGGGCAAGGUGGUUUCUUCCUGCCCCGGGAGUCUACUCCCUGUAGGGUGGCUUUUAAAAUCCCAGGUUACAUUGCGCUGUUUUUGCAGCAGUUUGAUAGAACUCGGGCUCCGGGUGACACAUGCCUUCCACUUGUCCACAGGCUCCCUGGCCGGUAGCUGCCUGGCGGACCGCUGCCUCUGGGAUAAGCUCCACGCCCAGCCCCGUCUGGGCUGCGUCCCCACGUUCGACUGGUUCUUUGGGUACGAGGAAGUCCAGGGGCUUCUACUGCCGCUGUUGCAGGGGUCACAGGCUGCCUGUCCACUGCGAGUGUUAGACGUGGGCUGUGGGACUUCCAGCCUGUGUACAGGCCUCUACACCAAGUGCCCGCAUCCCGUGGACGUGCUGGGGGUGGACUUCUCUCCUGUGGCUGUGGCCCACAUGAACCGCGUCCUGGAAGGUGGUCAAGGCCAAACACCUCUGUGCCCUGGGCACCCUGCCUCCUGCCUCCACUUCAUGCAGGCUGAUGCCCAGAACCUGGAGCCAGUGGCUUCCUCCGGCUCUUUCCAGCUAGUACUGGACAAGGGCACCUGGGAUGCCGUUGCUAGGGGUGGUCUGCCUGGGGCUUACCAGGUGCUGUCAGAAUGCCUGAGGGUCCUACACCCCCAGGGAACCCUGAUUCAGUUUUCAGAUGAGGACCCGGAUGUGCGGCUUCCCUGCUUGGAGCAAAGAUCCCAAGGCCGGACUGUGACUGUGCAGGAGAUAGGCCCUUUCAGGGGCAUCACCUACUUUGCUUACUUGGUUCAAGGCUCCCAUUAAAGACUACAAUUUUUGUUGGGUGAGGAGAGGUGGAGAGCUUUGCCUUUGCAAGAUGGCUGGAAAAGGAGGGUUUCAGUCUUGGCUUCCAUGUUUCCUAGGUGGGUGCACACAGUAUUGAUGGUUUCUGUGCCCAGUUUACCCAUCAGCAAGGUAGGCAUGGAACCUGGAGUUAUGGAUUGCAUACAGCGAUAGCUGAAACAUCGAGCAGGCCCAGGCCCAGAAUGAGUGCUGAACAGAGAAGAUCCAAGUGGAUCAUUCCUCACCCCUGGCUAACUGGAACUUCUCUAGAAGCAGCAGAUAAGAAUUGUUCAUCAAACCCAGUGGCCAAGCCUCUAAUCUCAUUUUCCUCUCCUGGGAACAGGAGAAAGUUGUGAAAGGAUAGGUAAAAUUGAGGUGAAAUGUUAAAGGAGAGAGAACAAACAAUAACUUACCCUCAAAGCUCCUGGGAGGCAGGAGAUGGGGGUAUUCCACAUACUGGCUUCUGCCGACAUGGAAGCCUGUAGGAUCCCAGAGCGGACAGGCAUUGGGUGCUUCCUGACACUCUGCGUCCUCAGGAACCCAACAGGCAUCUUGCUCUACCUGUUCCUGCCCCCAGCUGAGUUGUGGGUUAAUGGUUCUUAGAGGAGAUCUGGGGUCCAGUGGGCUCCAUGUCCAGCCUGGGUGGGGGGAAGGGAGUUAAAGAGCCCAUGCACAAUGAAAAAUAUUUCUGGUCCAUUGAGUUUUUAAAAAAUAAAAUGAACUUGUGAUGCUUGUUUCACUUCAGAUCAAAUGUUUCGCCUUUUAUUUAAGAAACAAACGUAGAUUUGUAAUUUGUGCCUAUAAAGUAAUACAGCAAUUAU